AUGAAUUCCAAAGUGCCAUUCGGCAGACAAAUGCGAGAGACGCACUUCGGAUUCGCUCCUUCAUUUACACCUUUUAAUCAUGGCUCAUAUGGUGCCACCCCACUCUUAGUCCUACGAAGACAGAAAGAAAUACAAAAACUUGAGUUGGAACGUCCAGACCCCUUCAUCAUAUACGAUCUCCCGAACCUGAUCGACGAGUCGCGCAAGGCUGUGGCACCUCUACUGGGCGCCUCUGUUGACGAAGUCGUCCUGGUUCCAAAUGCUAGCACGGGAGUAAACAUCGUUUUGCGUAACCUCAAGUUUGAGGAGAAAGAUGUUAUUGUUCAUUUCAGCACCAUAUAUGAUGCGUGCGAGCGUGCAAUCGACUCUGUUUCUGCAUUGACACCUCUUACCGCAAGAUCUAUUCCACUACAGUAUCCGAUCGAGGACGAUGAGAUCGUACAAAGGCUUCGCGACAUGGUUCAAAAAGUCGGGGACGAAGGUCUCAAUGUUAAGAUUGCCAUGUUUGACACGGUAUUGACGUUCCCGGGAGUACCAAUGCCAUGGGAAGCAUUAACAGAAACAUGUAAAGAGCUUGGUGUUCUCAGUUUAGUCGAUGGAGCUCACGGAAUUGGCCAUGUUGACUUGAAGCAACUUGGUAGCAUCAGUCCAGAUUUUUUCGUCAGUAAUUGUCACAAAUGGCUUUACGUGCCUCGUGGUUGUGCUGUAUUUUAUGUACCAAUUCGCAAUCAACACCUUAUCCGCAGCUCAUUACCUACCUCUUAUAGAUAUCGAGAAGAUGAAUCGCCUGACUCUAAUGGCAAGUCACGUUUUGUCAUGCUCUUUGAAUUCGUCGCAACCAUGGACCACUCCUCGUACUGCUGCGUACCGGCGGCAAUAGAAUUUCGGGAAAUCAUUUGUGGAGGAGAAGAUGAGAUCAUCAGAUACUGCUUAGAUCUUGCAGCGAAAGGCGGACAGCGGGUAGCUGAGAUUUUGGGAACCAAGGUCAUGGCAAACAAGAGCGGCUCAUUAGCUAGAUGUUGCUUCAGCACUGUCAUGUUACCCUUGGUGCUGAAGGAUGGGAAAGAUCCUGUUAGCAAAGGAGAAUUUCACACAAAAGACGUAUCCAAAAUCAAGUCGUGGCUCAACACCACAGCCUUCAAGGAGUUCGAUACAUACUUGCAGACCGAUUCGCAUGCUGGAGCCAUGUGGGUGCGCCUCAGUGCUCAGAUAUACCUAGAGCUCGGUGACUAUGAUUGGGUUGGUUCCAAGCUGAAAGAGCUUUGUGAAAGACUUGUUGAUCAGGGACUGGAUUAA